CAUAUAACAAACCACCUCAUGAGAAGUUUUCUGUGUUUGCAGAUCCACUCUCAUAAUCAAGUCCACGUCGCAUGCAGCAUGCACGUAUCAACUGUUGCCUUAUCACCCCAGUAAGAAGUAUCACAUUUUAAUUAUCGCCAGAUUGGUCCAAAAAGGAAAUACUCCAUUGUUUUUUUUUGUUCAUCGCAGCAACCAUGUCGACGACGCCCCAGAUGUCGCAAUCAGGCUUUCAGAAUGAUCAGUUGGAGGCAGGUACUGGGGAGGAUGUUGGGAAUGAGGCUCAAGAGAAGCCGUUGUCACCUACUGGAACUAUUGUCGACGAGCCUCAAUCGAAUCCUAAUGUUGUUGAUUGGGAUGGACCGAAUGAUCCUGAACAUCCACUCAAUUGGUCAAAGACCCAGAAGAAUAUACACCUGGCCAUUGUGAGCCUGUUCACCCUCGCAGCAAACCUGGCUGCUACCAUGUUUGCUCCAGGAGCGGCAGAGCUUGCCGAUGAAUUCAACAUCACCAACUCCACUGUCACAGCUAUGACAGUUAGUCUAUACGUUCUAGGCUUCGCAUUAGGUCCUCUACUCCUUGCACCUCUCUCAGAAUUAUAUGGGCGUCUCGUCGUCUAUUACUUCUGCAACUUGGUAUACAUCGCCUUCACAAUUGGCUGUGCUUUCAGCACCAACGUCGCCAUGUUUCUUGUCUUUCGAAUCAUCGCUGGCUGCGCUGCCUCUGGUCCCAUGAGUAUCGGCGGGGGCACUGUCGCAGACCUGUUCAUUCAGGAGGAGCGAGGAAAAGCGAUGGCUCUAUUCACUGUUGGACCGCUUCUUGGACCUGUGAUUGGUCCCAUCAUUGGAGGAUUCGUCUCCGAGAACGUUGGGUGGCGGUGGACAUUUCGCAUCCUCCUCAUUUUGUCUGGCAUUAUCGCUAUUGUCACAUUUGCCCUCAUGAAGGAAACAAAUUACACCGUCAUCCUGCAAAAGAAAGCUCUUCGAAUGCGCAAACAAACUGGUAACGAGAAACUCGUCGCCAAGUUGGGCAGAGAUGAGACUCCAGGUCAAAUGCUGGCGCGCGCUAUUGUCCGACCACUAAAGUUGCUCAUCUUAUCUCCAAUCGUCCUCUUGGUAUCGCUCUACACCGGUAUUCUCUUCGGCCUCAUCUUCUUACUCUUCACCACCUUCCCCUCCGUCUUCCAAGAUGUGUACGGGUUCAACCCAGGUGUCGCUGGACUCGCAUAUCUUGGUCUUGGAAUCGGCAUGAGUCUAGGUCUACUCAUGUUCUCUGUCCUCAGCGACAAGCUCCUUGGUCGCAAGAAGGGCAACGAGCAUGCCGCUCCCAGACCAGAGGAUCGUCUUCUUCUCAUGAAAUGGCUCGGCCCAAUUACUCCACUUGGUCUUUUCAUCUAUGGUUGGACAGCAGAGAAUGGCGUUCACUGGAUUGUCCCUAUCAUUGGCACAUUCAUUGUGGGAUUCGGCUCCCUUUUUGUCGUCAUCCCUGGUCAGAUUUACCUAGUUGAUUCGUUUGGAGCCGAGGCGGCUGCUUCUGCUUUGGCGGCCAACAUGCUCGUCCGUUCACCAUUCGGAGCCUUCCUUGACCUUACAGCCGAACCUCUGUACUCGACUCUUGGACUAGGUUGGGGUAACAGCGUGCUUGGUUUUAUCUGCCUUGCUUUUACUCCAGUUCCGUGGAUCUUCUACACUUACGGUGAGAGACUUCGGACUCACUUCCAAGUUGAUCUAUAGCCGCCAGCACUGUUUCCUUGUUUAAUUCAACAUGAUAGAGGUAUAUACUGGGCUUGAGAUGACAUAAAAAUACACGGUGGAAAAUGAUCGGCCUACACGUUUUGCGGAUAAUAGGUUGUUUAGGGAGGCUUACUGUCGCUAACUUAGUUUAACUCUUGUGACACUCACGGAAAGGAGCCGGAACCUUUUAUUGCCGACGCCCUUUCAGAAUUAAUAGAUUAAUAAAUUGGCGGAUCAAUCAUGAAUUCCCCCAAUGUCUCAAAUUAGCUUCGGCUGGUAUCUGACUCUUGGAACGGACUAGAGAUAGCCGUCAUAAAUGAACCGUCCGAGCAC